UUGCCAGAACUAAAACAAAGGCCUAACCCAUCAAAGUCCAUGGUUCUGGCACAGUCUCUAACUGUACUAACUUUGCUUUUUAGCUUCUAUAGUUCUGCUUCUGGCUAAUUGUUAUUGUUAACUGAAGUAUGUCAACCCAGAACAUUUUUUUUCUGUUUAAAAGCUCACCCUGAGAAAGGCUUGGGAUAAACUGGGAUCUUGAAAACCCACUAGCUGACUGAUAAAGAUUUUCUAUUGACUUAAAUCUAGCUCCAAGCAGUCUUCUUGAGUGAAUACUCCACAACACAACCACUAACAGAAAUAUUUUACGUCUUGACCUCCAUGUAGAUUACAGGGGUGCAUGAAUUUGUGUUAAUUCAUUGAGUUAUGUGCUUCAAACAUAUGGAUUUUCUUCUUUGGAAAUUAUACCACACAUGAAAUAUGAAGGGUAAAGAAGGAAACUGUAAAAUAGGAAGCCACAUUUUCUAUAACGUCUAUGCUCACUUAUAUCUCUGGUUUAUUUUGAAUAUGUUCUUAUGGUAUGGGGUUCCUUGCCACCUUCACAGGCCUUUGGGAAGCAAGCAGGCAGUUCAGGUCAACGUGAUCUCAGUAUUAAGUGUUGGUUCAAACUUCUGGAGUCUGACUCUUAGUUUUAGACAUAUUUAAGCACAACAUAAUUUGGUGAACAUUGUUCUGGUGACAAUUAACUCUAUCACAUGUGAAGAACAAAGCAUACAUAAAUCUCCUUGAGGAACAAAGUAAGCUAAAUACAGGUCAGAUGUGACUAUAUCCAUAAAGAUAGAUUCUACGAGUUGACUGAGAAAAACAAAUUUAUGAUGAGAGUCUGAGGGGGGGUAUAUAGUGCUGGGAAAGUCACUACCCACAAAACUGAUAGAGCAUAGGUCACCAGGCUAAUGAGUAUUGCCUUUCCUAGACAUCUGGGAAGAUAAUGUAUUACAUUCCUUUCCUUGAAGUAACAACUCUGUGUGCUUAACAUUCCAGGUUCCCCUAGGGCUUAUAUGUGAGCACAAAGACCUUUGUACCUCUUAUACUGUGGGAGUUUCUCACAUACAUAUUUUGUAUGUAGGAAGAACCAAAAUAGUAUGUAUAUACAACAUUUAACAUAACCAGGUCACAGCCACAUUGAAAGUAAAAUACAGAAAGGAGAAGAAAUAGACUUACGUUUGCAGCAACAAAACCAAAAAAUCCCUACAACAGGUUAGGAACUGUAAACCAUCAUUAUCUAACCAUGGUUCCGUGUCUCAAAGAAUUCAGGGUGGCCAGGUUACCCUAAUUUUUGCACUUUUAUAGCAGGGCAUCUUUCUAUCCACUGUGGGUUUUUUCUUUUUAAACAUUAAUCAUUGUGCAUGGGCAUGCGCAUGCCACAGAUUGCAUGUGGAGGUCGAAGACAAAUUCUUAAAGUUGAUUCUCUUUCCACUUUUAUGUAGAGUCUGGGGAUAACACUCAGGUCAUCAAGCUUUGAGAAACACAUGCACAUGCUGAAAAAUCUUAACAACCAAGUAUGGGAGCCAAAAUUACAUUUUAAGUUUCAAUUACUAUGCUUAAGAGAUCCACCCAUGAAACAAAAAUGUCUGAUCUGUAAGCCUCUUGCUCAACAACAGAUAGUUCCUGAGAUUCUGGAGGCUGUUGUUUAUGGCAGAUAACAAGCCGCAUGUUUUUGACUCCCCUUAAAAAUUUUAUUUGAUCAAUCUGCACUGGAUGUGCUUGCUCACAUUGUGGGCAGGAGCCUCACAGGCAGGAAAUACGUUAGAAUGUAUGCUUACCCCUGACUGGGUUUAAGAUGGAGGUACAUCAGGAGGUAUGCAUGCCCUUGGUUGGACCUGCUGCAAACUUGAAUUAGGCCCAUCAUUUGGAAACCCAGAAAUGAACCUGGCCAGAGCCCAUCCACCUAGCCAGUGUUUAAUUAAAGCUUACUUCAAAUUUGGCUUUAAAUUGUGGUAGUGGUCUUACUCUCAAUCAGUGAGAUUAACACAGGGACAUGGGGAUUUCUUUUUAAACAGCUUCUUUGUUUUCUUUUUCACACACACCAAGACACACACAUGAAGUCAGAGGACAACUCUGUAGAGUCUAUUCAACUUUUCACCAUGUGAGUUCCUGAUUAUCAAAAUUUUAGGCAGGUGCUUUUAUCCACUCAGUCAUUUAAUCUGCCCAGGGUAUGUUUUUAAACAUUCGUUAUGGAUUUCAUAAAUGAUAGUAGCUAUUUGAUUUAUGACUUCGAAAAUAAAUUUCAUUUCUGCAAAGACUUAUCAACGUGUUAAAGAGAUACUGUACAGUACAUUCUUGUAUUUCAGAAUGUGUUCAUUGUUCCGAGUCUGCCAGCUAAGCCCUGGUAUCCAUGGAAACAUGAGAAUGUUUACAGUUAUUAUCUUUCUUAUGGUUGGAAGUCACUAACAUUUAGACUUAAUAGAAAAGAUAAAGAGGUACUUCCCUCUUCAUGUGAUGACCUCUAUGGUCAACAUUUCCUGCUGCUUUGUAGUGCGUUUAUAAUUCUGCCAUCUUCCAAAUGGAUAACUUCACCCAGGAAACAAUAAGAUUUAGUGAGGCGAAGGAAUGGAUCUUCAAACUGAUUGGCUUCCUUUGCAGUCUCUUAUCUUUGGUAUUUGGAGUAAUCCUUGUAAGCAGCCAAUACUGGCGCCUCUGGGAAUUCAACAACAAGUCCGUUCAGCUUGUGUACAUCGGACUCUGGGAAGCUUACUACAAUCAAGAGUUUAACAUCUCUAGCUCUGUGAUCAGGAUUCCGGUGCACAGCCCUGUCAACUCAAGCUGGACCAUUUCACCUGAAUUUCAGUAUGCGCAGAACCUGAUAUUACUGGCGACUUUGAUAAAACCUGUUGUCCUGGUUUUCAACUCAGUGAUCAUUAGACUCACCAUCAUCAAAGCCUCAGACCUUGAGAUUCAGAUGCUCUGCUACAAGUGCUGUGUCUACAUUCUUGUUCUCAGCAGCUUUUGCACGGUUCUUUCUGUCACCUGGAACCACGUAGUAGAUCUUUAUGGCGAAACCACCUUUGACUUUCCACCCAAUUUUCCUGUUAGGAAAGAAGACCUGAUAAAGAAACACCACACUCAUGUGUUCCCCAUAGGGGUCAUGACAACGAUUCUUUCACUCCUUGCUGUGAUUACGUUCCUCUUCGAGAUCAGGUCAUUGAAACUAGAGAGUAACCUCAAGGCCUUGAAUGCUUCCAAACAGGUGGAUCAAAUAGUCUGAAGUAUGAACUCUGGCAUUUCCAAUAUCAGCCAGGAGAAUCCUUGAAGAUAUUUCCCAUUUGCACACAAUAAUUAUGAGUCAUCAACUGGCUCCAAAUAAACCAUCAACCUGG